AUGCCGGAUGUUAUAUUCUCCUUGGAUGGUGAUAAUUAUGAUCCUCUGCCUGCAGCUUAUGUUGUAAGAGAUGGUAGCGAUGAUCAACAAGAUCCAAUAUUUGUUGAAAAUGGUUUUAUGGAUUUCUUUUCCUUGCUCUUUGGUCAACAACAACAACAACAACAACAAGAAGAUAAUCCCAUACUGGAUCACAAACAAAUUGCUCGUGAUGAUGAUUGGACGAUGCAGCCGCAAAGAAAAUUGUUCACCAAACAAUAUGUGAAUCAUGAAAAUCAAUAUUCGUUUGCUCUUGCAUCAUUGGAUCUCUUGAACAUUAAUUAUGGCAAGGGAUUCAGCAGAUCAAUGACAAGAUCAUCAGAAUACAAUAUUUAUAAUGAUCUGAUGAUGAUGAACACAGUUGUCGGUGCUGGUGCUGGUGCUGGUACUGGUAUUGGUACUGAUGCUGGUGGACAUAAGCUACCAGUGGAGGAAAUAUUGAGAGUUGGUGGAGAGAGGUUCAUCCAAUUCUCGAGCAAUAGAGUUGAUGGAAUUUCUACAUUCAUCCAUCCUUAUUAUAAUAAUGGAUCUUCACUUUCAGGUCUUUCUGUUGAUGAUGCUAGAGAUGUCGAACUUGUUCAUCUCCUUUUAGAUGCAGCCGACAAACUAGGCACCAGACACAGAUUCCUCGAUCUAGCUACUAAAAUUAUCUUACUCUGUCUUGGGAUAGCAUCCGAUUCUGGUUCUCCAAUCCAACGUGUUUCCUAUUAUUUUGCUCAAGCUCUUCAACACAAGAUUGAUACAGAAUCUAAUAUUAAUAGUAACAACUACAAGAAGAAGAAGCUGCACCAACAAGAGCAACAAGAGCAACAAGAGCAACAACAUACGGAGGGUAAGAUCCAUUUGAUUGAUCUCCAGAUAAGGAGCGGAAUUCAAUGGACGGCCCUGAUGCAAGGCCUCGUGGACUACUAUCCUAUACAGUGCCUCAAAAUAACAGCCGUCGGAACAUCUGACCAACGGCAUUGUAUAGAGGAAACUGGCAAGAGAUUGAUCACUUUUUCAAAGUCCUUGAAUUUGCCAUUUUCGUUCGAAAUACUGUAUCUAAAGGACAUGAGUGAAUUCAAAGAAGAUCUAUUGAACAUUGAAGCCGAUGAAACUGUGGUAGUUUACUCCUACAUGAUGUUAAGGACCAUGAUAUCAAGGCCCGAUUUGUUUGAAAAUCUAAUGAGAGCGAUAACAAGGCUAAGGCCGGCUCUAAUGCUAGUUAUUGAAGUAGAGGCAAAUCACAAUUCGCCUUUGUUUAUAGAUCGUUUCAUUGAAGCCCUUGUGUUUUAUACCGCAUUUUUCGACUGCUUGGAAAGUUGCAUGGAGAGAAGCAACGAAUACAGAAGAGAACUUGAAAGCACUUAUUUCGGUGAAGGGAUUACCAACAUAGUUGCAGCUGAAGGUGAGGAAAGGGUAACUAGAAAUGUGAAACUUGAUGUUUGGAGAGCAUUUUUUACGAGAUUUGGAAUGGUAGAAACGGAACUCAGCGAAUCAGCAAAGUAUCAAGCUAGUUUGGUUCUCAACAAGUUUGCACAUGGAAGCUCAUGUACUCUUGAAUGUGAUGGCAAAGGCCUUAUUGUUGGAUGGAAGGGAACACCAUUCCAUUCUCUUACUGCUUGGAACUUCUCGUCGUACAACUCUUGA